GUCACAUCCAAAAAAAAAAAAAAUUCUCUUGAGAGAGAGAAAGAGGGAGACAACUUUGGUCUGAACAUAAAGACAUUCAUUUUCAAAUUUGUCUGAAAAAUUCUCACGGGCAAUCGGAGAGAGAGGAGACAGAGGUGGUGGUGCACAAGAAUCCUUCCCUCAUCCCUACACAAGACUCUGAGAGAAUGGGAAGAGAAGUUGUUGAGGUGGUAAUGAACCGAAACGCCGACGUUUCAAGCGGUAGGGUUCACGUUGCUCCUAAGAUAGCUCCAGCUGUGGAGUCUGAGGAAGAGUUUGAAGUCAAGGAAUGCACAGACGACGAUUCUCACUCUGAGAAUGCACCAAAACUUGAAACUGGAGCUCAAAAUUCUCUUAAAACCCCUAAAGUUUCAAAGCGUGAUGUUCCUCCUGUGGCGGUGAGGAAGCCAUUGCAACCUGAUAACAAGAAGCAUAUGGAUGAUGAGGAUGAUAGUUUCUCCAUUGCUUCCUCCGUGGCAACUUCCUUGAGGAGAGCAAAGUCCGGAGUGACUCAUGGUAGUGCUCCAACUUUUAAGAGUGCUCAACGUGCUGAGAAGCGCAAAGAGUAUUACCAAAAGCUUGAAGAGAAGAACCAAGCGCUUGAAGCCGAGAGAAACGAGCUUGAGCAAAGGCAAAAGGAAGAACAAGAAGCAGCCUUGAAACAACUCAGAAAGAAUCUCAAGUUCAAGGCUAAACCCGUCCCUAACUUCUACUACGAGGCGCCUCCUGCUAAACCUGAGCUCAAGAAGCUUCCUUUGACACGUCCCAAGUCACCAAAACUCAUCCUUUCACGGAGAAAAAGCUUCAGCGACGCAGUCAGCUCGUCGUCAUCCCGUGAAGAAGUUCUGAAGACAGCUUCUAACAGGAACCGACACAGCACCGGAACAGUUCAGAACAAGAACACCAAUGCUGAGCACGGCAGCCCUCGUUUCAGAUCUGGUAAGGGUAAAGGUUGUCUGAAACCAGUCAACGAGUCCUUGGAAGAAGCUUGUGAGGCUUGAUGCUUUGUUGUUGGUCUUUGUGUUGCCUCUCAAUCUAACUUUGAUCUUAUUACCGGAGAAAAUUUAAAAGAUCUAUUCGGUUAUUUCCGGUAUAUGGUUGGUUCACAAUGUAACCGUCGCUCUCGGUUUUACUUUUGUAACGUAAAACUUUUAUGUUGAUUGCUGAAGAAAACUCCCUUAUGUUGCAAAUUUGUAUAUUUUGAGUGGUAUUGGAUCUUCCACCUAUAUGUUGUUGACUACAUGUAUAUAUUAUUUGUGUUAAUAUGGUCAGAGAUACAUAUAGUAAUAAUCUUGUUAUUAAAU